AUGUCUGAUAAACCAAUUGACGAUAUUAGAGGUCAAUUAUCUGAUAUACAGAAGAAACUAUUCAAGAAAUCAUCAAAUAAACAAUUACGUACUAGUAAUGUCCAUAAUCAACAUCAUGAUCAAGAAAAUUUAGCAGCAUUUUUACCACCCCCCCCAUCAAAUUCAACAACUACCAAAAAGUCUUUAAUUUCACAUACACCUAGUUUAGGUCCUGAAUCAAAGGGUAAUGAUAUGAAUUUUGUAGUUGGUUUAAGUGAAAAUUUAUUGAGUGAAUGUAGAAGGUUAAAUCUUGAAAAUACUAAAUUAAAGAAUAAAUUGAAAACUGCUAAUGAUGAGUUUCAAGUAGCAAAAGAAGAGACAUUACAAUUGAAAAAUCAUCAAAGUUUACAUAAUGAUCAAUUACAGCAAUUGAAAGAUAAAAACUGGGAAAUUGAAAGUAAAUUGAUUUACGUGAGUGAAGAUUUAAAGACAUGUCAAAAUGAUAAAAUCAAGUUUCAAAAGGAUAAUGAGAAUCUAUUAAAUCAAUUGACAAAAUUGAACUCUUUGAAUGAUAACUUAACAAUUAGUAAUGAUUCUUUAAAGUCGAAUUUAAAAGAAUUGAAAUUAAAUUUGAAUAAUGAAAUUAGCCAAUUGAAUAAACGUAUUGAGUCAUUAAAUGAUGAGAAUGAUCAAUUACAUAUAAAACUAAAUACAACAAAUUCCACAAUAUCAAAAGAUGUAACUGAUCCAAAUUUGACAAAUGAAGGUGAUAGUAACACUCAAGAUUAUACAGAUGAUGAAAUUACUGAGUUUGAUUCAAUUUUAAAAGAAUUAUCUUCUAUUGAUGAUUUACCAUCUUCAAAUCCUACUAAUCCACAAAUGGAAAUUGAUACGUUGAGAUCAUUAUUACAACAUUCAAAUAGAACAAUUGCAAAAUUAAGAUCGUCAAUAUUGAAAUUACGUAAGAAUGAAAUAUCACCAAAUAUCUUGAAACAACAACAAAGAACACCCAUGAAAUUAGGUCCAACUAAGAAAAUCAAAACCAGUUCUAAUAGAAAUUCAAUGAUUUCACCUUCAAAAAGAGACUCAAAGAUUUUGAUUAUUGAUGAUGACGAUGAGGAUCAAGGUUGGGAAAAUUUUACAAAAGAUUUACAGAAUACUCCAUCAAAAGUCUUGUCAAAAUUUAUUGAAAAAUCGGAGCAACCUAAUGAUUCAUCGGAUAGUGAAACUGAUUCAGCAUCACCAAGUAAAUCAAACGUUCAUAUAGAUGAGGAAGAAGUAUUGAAUAAAAAAUUGAAGGGUAAAGGAAUUGUAACUAUACCUGAAUUAGAGUUGAAUAAUUUGAAACAACAAAUUGAGAAGCCAACUAAAGAAUAUAUCAUGAGGAAGGGUGAGGAAUUGGAGUUGAAAGUAAUAGAUUUAUCAGCAUAUAAGGCAUUAGUUAACCCAUCAAUUCAAGCUCUUAAUGAGAAAGCAAGUGGUCACAAUUACUCAGUUGUAUCUAAUUCAGACCUAGAUAAAUUUAAAAACCCAUCACCUGAAUCAAUAAAAUCAUUUGCAUCUAAAAACAACCUUGCAUGUAUACCCCAUAAUGAAUUUAAUGAAUUAUUUAAUUUGAAACAAUCCAUAACUAAAGAUAAGUCCAUAGUUGAUAGUGAGGAGUUGGAAAAACUUAAAAAUCCAAGUUUAGCUCAAGUUAAAUUACACGCAGAUAGAUUAGAUCAAAUUACAAUGACUAAAGAAGAAUAUACAAGUUUGUAUCAAACUGCAAACGAACCAAAUUUAGAACAUUUAAGAUUAAAAGCAGAUAGAAAAGGUUAUAAUUUGAUUAAAAAACAAAAAUUUGAUGAUUUGAAUAAGCAAGUAAAUGAACCAACUUUUGAAUACUUGAAAAACAAAUUGCCGAAGGAAUAUAGUAUUUUGUCAAAUGAAGAAUAUGACAAAUUGAAGAAUCCAACAAUCGAAGAAAUGAAACAAAUAGCUAAAGGUUAUACUUUAGUUGAAGAUGAACAAUUCAAAACUUUGACUAAACUCGCUAAUGAACCUGAUUUAGAACAUAUUAAAACUAAAUUAGAUGAUAAACAUAUUAUUGUUACUAACUUCGAGUUUGAACAACCAAGUAUGGAUUAUUUGAAAUCAAAAGCAAAAGGAUGUACAAUUAUAAAAGACGAAGAGUAUAAUAAAUUGCUUAAUGAAUUUGAUUUUGAAAGAUUUAGCAAGAUUGCAGAGUCAAAUGAUCAUGUAAUAGUGCCCACUGAAGUAUUAAACAACUUUAAACAUCCAUCAAUUGAUAAUAUAACGACAAGAGCAAAUGAUUUAGGUUACACAGUUAUUAAAACCAAUGAUUACGAAAAACCAAGUAGGGAUUAUCUUGAAGAAAGAGUCAAACUCAUAGAUUCAUCAAUGAUAGAUAAUAAAGAACUUAGGACGCUCAAAGAACAAGCUGAAUCACCAGAUUUAGAACAUUUGAAGAAUAAAUCAAAAUCUUUAGGUCAUGUAAUAGUUAAGGAUUCUGAGUUUAAUGAGUUAACCAAACUUGCAAAUGACCCAAGUAAAGAGCAUAUCACUGAAAAAGCAAAAAAUCAUGAUUUGAUCGUUAUACCGACGAUACCAUCAAUUGAAUUCUUAAACUCAAAAGCAAAAGAACAUAAUCAUGUCGUUAUACCCGAAUCAGAAUAUAAUCAUCCAAAUGUCAAAGAUUUAGAAUUUAAAUUACCAAAUCAUAAAAUUAUAGAAACUACAGACUUUGACAACUUGCAAAAUAAAUUAGAUAAACCAACAAAAGAGUAUUUAAUUGAGAAAUCCAACGAUUAUGAAUCCACAAUUAUUUCAAAUGACGAAUUAGAAAGUUUAAAAAAUCCAUCAUUGGACGAAAUUAAGAAAUUUGCAAAAGGUAAAGAAUUCGAAGUUAUUAAUACUGAUGAUUUAACGAAAUUAACGAAAUUAGCCAAUGAUCCAGAUGAACAGCAUAUAAUUGAGGUUGCAAAGAAUCAUAAUAUGGUAGUUAUACCCGAAGAAGAACACAAGGAAUUACUAAAUCCAACAAUUGAACAAAUUACAGAACAUGCAAGUAGUCAUAAUCAUUCAAUUGUAUCUAAUGAUGAGUUAAAUGGGUUGAGAGAACCUUCAACUGAACAAAUAAAGAAGAAAUCAACUAUGAAAGAUUAUGAAAUCAUACCCACAACUCAAUACAAAGAAUUAGUAGAUCCUAAGUUAGAUUCAUUAAAGGAAAAAGUACAGAAGUUUGAUUCAGUAAUAAUAGAUAAUAAAGAAUUAGAAAGCUUAAGAAAACAAAUCGAUGAACCAUCACUUGAUUACAUCAAAACUCAUGCUAAAGAUUUUGAAUCUACCAUUUUACCAAUAAAGGAAUUAAAUGACUUGAAAGAACAAAUUGAAAAGCCAAGUGUAGAAUAUCUUGCAUCUAAAUCAUCAGCUCAUGGCUCCACAUUAGUUAAUAACAAUGAAUUAGAAAAAUUGAAAAACCUAACUAUCGAACAUUUGAAAGAUCAUGCAACUAAAUAUGAUCAUGCAGUUAUUAAGUCAAAAGAUUUAACUGAUUUAAAAUUACAAAUUGAUAAUCCAACUAUUGAGUAUAUCGAAGAUAAAGUCAUCGCUCAUAAUUCAACAGUAAUUGAUAAUAAUAAAUUGGAUGAGAUGAAAGAACAAAUUGAAAAGCCAUCAAUUGAUUAUAUCAAGAACAAGGCUACUGCUUUUAAAUCUACAGUAAUUGAAGUUGAGAAACUUGAUGAUUUAAAUAAACAGAUUGAAAAUCCAUCCUUAGAAUAUCUUGCAGAAAAAGUCAAAUCAUUUAAAUCAGUAAUUAUUAAGGAAAACGAGUUACAAGAAUUGAAACAUCAAAUCGAUGAACCUACACUUGAAUAUAUUAGAGACAUACUGGGCAAAUACAAUUCAGUAAUACUUUCAAAUGAUGAAGUUUCUAAAUUACAUGAACAAAUUGAACAUCCAACAUUAGAAUAUUUAAGUACUAAAGCAAAAGAGAAGCAUCUUUCUACCAUAACUAAUAACGAAUUAGAUAACAUGAAGAAACAAAUCAAUGAACCAUUAUUAGAAGACCUUAAAGAAAAAGCAUUUUUAUUCGAUUCAGUUAUUUUAGAAAGUAAAGAAUUGGAAGAAAUGAAACAUAAAAUAGAACAACCAUCAUUAGACUACCUUAAAGAGAAAUCAAAUUGUUUGAAUCAUACUAUCUUACCAAAUGAUGAAUAUUCAAAUUUGGAAAAAUUAGCAAACUCACCACAUAAAGAUCAUAUCGUAUCCAAAGCUAAAGAUUUGAAUUUGAUUACAAUACCAACAGCAGAGCAUGAAGCAUUACUCAAUCCAUCCAAAUCCGUACUUGAAAAUCAUGCAGAUAAAAUUCAACAUUCAUUAAUAACAAAUGCAGAAUAUGAAAAAUUGAAAAACAUAGAAGAAUCACCAUCUAAAGAAUUUAUUGAAUCAAAAGCUUUACAAAAAGGGUCAAUUGUAUUACCAAGUAAAGACCAUAGUGAGUUAUUAAGUAAAGCAAACGAACCUUCAAAAGAUCAUAUAACUGCAAAAGCUGAGGCAAUUGGAUUAACUGUAUUAAGUAAGAAGAAACAUGAUAAGUUAUUUUCACAAAUUGUUGAUCCAUCAUUAGAUUAUUUGAAUGAUAAAGUUAAAGUAUAUAAUUCCUUAAUUAUUUCAACUGAUGAAUUUGAUACUAUGAAACAUAAUAUUGAAGAUCCAAGUAUUGAAUAUUUAGCACAUAAAGCAAAAGCAACUCAUCACCAAUUAAUUUCAGACUCCGAAUAUGAUAAAUUAACGAAUCCAACAAUUGAAGACUUAAAAUUGAGAGCUAAAGGUUUUGAUUCAAUAGUUGUUUCAUCUGUCGAAUAUGCAAAUCUUAAAAGUUUAGCUGAAAAUCCAAACAAAGAUGAGCUUGAAAAGAAUGCUACAUCAUUAGGUUUAGUUGUUAUUGAAGAAGAUAAAUUUAAACUAUUACUAUCUCCAUCAAUUGAUUUAAUCAAAGAACAUGCUUCAAAAUUGGGCUUCACAGUCAUUUCAAAUGAGGAUUAUGAUAACUUAAUCAACUCACCUGAACUAUUAAAAGAAAAUGCACAAUCAGCUGGUUUGAUUGUAUUACCAAAAGAUGAAUAUUCAGUAUUAUUGAAUCCAAAUGAAUCAAAGUUGAAUAACUUGGCAAAAGAGAGAGGUUUCAAUUUGAUAAAAAUUGAUGAACAUGACAAUUUAAUCAAAUCAAUCGAAAAACCUGAGUUGGAUUAUUUGAAAGAGCAUGCUGAAAGAUCAAGUAUGGUUAUAAUUACAACUAAAGAGUUAUCAGAAUUGAAAAAUAAAAUUGACCAACCUGAUGUUAAAUAUUUGGAAGAAAAAUGUCAAUUAAAUGGACGUGUUGUAGUUUUGAAAGAAGAAUUUGAAAGAUUGGAAGCAUUAGAAUCUCCAUCAAUUGAAUAUUUAACUACACAAGCUAACAAAUUAAAUUAUAAAGUCAUUUCAAAUGAAGAAUUUGAUUCAUUUUCAACUGAGAAAUUUAUAACUGAAAAAUCAAAGAAACUCAAUUUGGUUGUAUUACCAGAUUCUGAAUAUGAAAGUUUGAUUGAUCCUUCUGCUGAGUUAAUUGAAUCAAAUGCCGCAAAAUUAGGAUCAACAACUAUUGAAAAACUGGAAUUAAAAAACUUGCAAACAGAUUUAGAACAUCCAACUGUUGAUUAUUUAUCAUCUAAAUCCAAAGAUUUGGGCUUUGUAUUAUUAUCCGAUUCCAAACAUGAUCAAUUAUUACAUCCAAAGGAAAAAGUUGUGAAAGAAAGAGCAAAUGAAUUGGGUUUUGCAUUAUUAACUAAAGAGAAUUAUGAAGAUUUAGAAAAGAAAGCUAAUACACCAAGUCAAGAUCAUUUAAUUGCAGCUGCUUCAGCAUUAGGAUUAACUGUAUUAUCAAGUGACAUGCAUAAAGAUUUGAUAAAUAAAUCAGAUACACCAUCAUUGGAACAUAUAAAAGAAAAAGCAUCAAAACAUGGUCAUGCAGUUGUUUCAAAUGAUGAUUAUGAUAAAUUGAAAGAUUAUGCAAAUAAAGAUAUCAAGGAUUUAGCAUCUGAGAAAAAUCUAAUCGUUGUUCCAAAGAAAGGAUAUGAAGAUUUAGUUCAAAAAGCUUCAAAAACUUUAGAUGACUAUGCAAAAGAAUCGAAUAUGGUUGUUUUGACAAAAGAAGAAUACAAUGAAUUGAACAAUAAAGCAUCAAAAUCAUUAGCUGAUCAUGCCAAAGAAUCAAAUAUGGUUGUCAUUCCAGAAAGUGAUUAUCAAGUUAUGAACGAUAAUGCAAGUAAAUCAAUAGAAGAAAAAGCUAAAGAGGUCAAUAAGGCACUUAUUCCAACUGAAGAAUAUGAAGAGUUGUUGAAUCAUAGUAAGAAGUCACUAUCCGAUUUAGCAAAAGAGCAAAAUGUUAUUGUUUUAUCACCGGCUGAUCAUGAUUCAUUAAUUACUAAAGCCAAUAAAUCUAUACAUGAAUUAGCAGAUGAGAAUAAAUUAGUUGUGCUCAACAAACAAGAUUAUAAUGAUUUGGUUAACAGAGCAAACAAAACUUUUACAGAUCAUGUUAAAGAAAGAAACGUUGUUGCUGUUCCAGCUGAUGAACAUGAAACAUUAGUAUCUAAAGCUAAUAGAUCAUUGGAAAAUUAUGCUAAAGAAAGAGAAAUGAUCAUUUUAUCAGCUCAAGACCAUAUUGAAUUAGUUAAGAAAUCUAAUAAAACUAUACAAGAUUUAGCAACUGAGCAAAAUUUGAUUGUAUUGUCCAAUGAGGAAUAUAAUGACUUAAUUAAAUCAAUUGAAGAUAAAGCAAAAGAUCAAAAUAAAGUAGUUGUUGCAGAAGGUGAAUUUAAUUCAAUGAAAGAAACAAUUGAAAAUCCAUCAUUAGAUUAUUUGAAAGAAUGUUGUCAAAGACAUUUACAAAAAGUUGUAUCAGAAGAAGACUAUAAACAAUUAAAAUCAAAAGCAGAUCAACCAUUGGAUGAAAAAGCAAAAGAAGUGAAUUUUAAAGUUAUUCCAAUUGAUGAAUAUGAAAAAUUGAGUAGACCAAUUGAAGAAAUUGCUAAAGAUUUGAAUUUAGCUACAAUUUCAAACGAAGAAUAUGAAACAUUAUUUACCAAUGCAAAUGAUCCAAGCUUAGGUCAUGUCAUUUCAAAAGCUACUGAACAUAAUCAUGUUGUUACAAAUAAAGAAGAAUUUGAAUCAAUGCUCAAUAGAAUGAAAAAUCCAGAAUUUGAAUAUCUUGAGGAAAAAGCGAAAAAUAAAGGUUAUGUAUUGAUUCAAAAUGAUAAGUUAGAUGAAUAUGAAAAAUUAGUAGAUGAACCAUUAGCAGACAAAGCAUCAAAAAACAAUAUGGUAUUAUUAACAGACGAAGAUUACUCAGCUUUACUUAAUCCUGAUUUUAACGAAUUAGAACAGAAAGCAAAUGCAUUAGGUUCGUUAUUAAUUCCAGAAUCAGAAUACGAUGCCUUGAAUAAAGCAGCUAAUCAAACAUUACAAGAGAAAGCUGAAUUGGCAAAUAUGGUUUUACUUCAUAAAGAUGAAUAUGCAAGAUUGAAAGAUCCUGAAGCAGUUGUUAAAUCUCGUGGAUUCGCUAUUCUUCCUAUUCCUGAAUUAACUUCAUUACAAACACCUUCAUUUGACAAAUUGAAAUCAAUAGCUAAGGAUAAUAAUCAUGUACUAGUUGAUAAGGAAUUACAUGGUAAUAUGGUCAAAGAUUAUCAAACUCCAUUACACGAAAAAGCAAUUACAGGUGGUUAUAUCCGAGCUAAAGAUAUUGAUCAUCAAUUCCAUGUUGAUAAGCUUGCUGCAGAAGGCUUUGCUGUUUUGAAUGCUACUGAAUUACAACAAUUACAAAAUGAUGCAUCUGUUUCAUUAGAAGAUAAAGCUCAACAAGAAGGUAAAGUAGUUGUAUCAAAAGAUGACCUUGAACCAUCAUUGGAAAAAUUAUCAAGCCAAGCAAAGACAUUUGAUUGUGUUUUGAUUCCUUCAAUUCAAUUUAAUGAUCCAAAUGAGUAUAUAAAACAUCAUCCAGAUCAUAAAAUUUUAACCAUUGAUGAAUACAACAAGUUAGUUCAAGAAGCUGGUGCUACAAUUCAUGAUAAGGUUGAGGGAACUGAUUGGAAAGUAAUUAAGUCUGAUGAAUAUAAUGAUUUACUACUCAAAGCUAAUAAACCUUCAAUUGAACAAAUAACUACCACAGCUGGUGCAUUGGGAUUAACAGUAUUAUCGAUUGAUAAAUUACAUAAAUUAGAAGCUAUAGCAGAUGAACCACUAAAUGAAAAAUUAACAAAAGCAGGAUUAGUUGGUAUAACACAAGAUGAAUUGAAUAAAUUGAAAGCUAUAGCUGAUGAACCAUUAGAUGAGAAAUUAUCAAAAGCUGGUUUAGUCAGUAUGACACAAGAGGAUUAUAGUUUAACACAAGAUAAAUUAAAUAAACCAUUAAAAGAUUUAGCUAAAGAAGAGGGUUUUGAUUUAAUUUUACCAAAUGAUUUACAAUAUUUGAAAUUAGAAGUUGUUCAGUUACGUGAUGAAUUAUUUAAAGCUCAAAAUAAACAAGUUGAUUUAUUAAAUGAUGAAGAAUUUGAUAUAUUAUCCAAAGAAUUGGGUAAUAUUGGGUAUACUAUAGUUCCAGCAAAUGAAUUAAAAUCAUUAAGCUCAGGCACUGAAUAUUAUCGUGAUGCUAAUGAAUCAUUUCUAACAAAUGAAGAAUUAAGUAAAUCAGCUGACAAAUUAGGUUUUGUUGUAAUUUCAAAAGAUGAUCAAGAAACACAAUCUAUUGAGUUGGAUAAACUCAAACAGUUGAUUGAAGAAAAAGAAUCCCAAAUUAAGGAUUUAACAAUGGAGAAUGAAAUAUUUAAUCAACAAAAAGAAAUUAAACAAAAUCAAACUGAGGAAAUAUUGAAAUUGAGAAAUGAAAUUGAUGACAAAGAUACAGAGAUCCAAGGAUUCAAAAAUAAAGUUUCAAAUCCAAAUGAAUUAACCGAAAUUGGAAAGAAAUUUGGAUUACUUUUGAUUCCAGAAUCUCAAUAUAUUAGUACAACAACGAAUUUGAAACCAGAUAUUACAAAUGUUAAAAUUGUACCUACCAGUUAUUUCAAUCAAUUAAUUAAAUUAAAAUCAAUGUCAAUUGAAAAAGUUAACGAUGAAACAUUUAAAGAACAUGCUGAAAAACGUGGUUAUGUACAUAAAGAUGAAGUAACACCAAUUUUAGAGCCUGUUCAUAGAUUUAAUGUUACAUCACCAUCACAAAAGAGUUUCACACCGCCAAAUAAAGUUACACCAACAAGUGAAAAUAAUUUUGGUUUACCACAAUCAGGAUCAAUUAGAUCUAAUUUAUCAGAACGCUCAAUUCAAGAUUCAAUUAGAUCACAUGCUGUAUUUUCAAUGGCUACCGAUGUUUCAUUAACUGAUAAAGGCAUGAUCCCUGCAAUUACUCAAGUUGUUAUUGGUGAAUAUUUAUUUAAAUAUUAUAGAAAAUUAGGUCCACUAAAAGUUAUAACUGAAACAAGACAUGAAAGAUAUUUUUGGGUUCAUCCAUAUUCAUUAACAUUAUAUUGGUCAGAAAAUAAUCCAAUUUUAUCAAAUCCAUCUCAUGUAAAGACAAGAGCAGCAGCGAUUGUUAGAGUAGAUUCAGUUGAAGAUAAUAAUCCAUUACCAACUGGAUUAUAUCAUAAAAGUAUAAUUGUUUAUUCAACUGAUAGAUCAAUAAAGAUAACUUGUGCUACUCGCCAACGCCAUAAUAUCUGGUAUAAUGCAUUAAGAUAUUUAAUUAGUAGAAAUAUUGAUGAUAUUAAAGUUGAUGAAGAUAGAGAUGAAAUUAAAGAUCAUCAUGGUUCUCCAAAAUCAGAAUCACAAAGAAAUUUGGAAAGUUUAAUGGAUACAGGAGAUAGAAGAGCUUAUCCAAGUAGACCAAGAAAAUCAAAUUCACAACUGACAUUAGCUAAAACACCAUCAGCAAGAAAAUUUUCAAGAUUUAAUUCAAUUAAAAGAUAA